AUGUCUCGCAUCAUGGAAGAUCCCGACGUCACAGUGAACGUGCACGCAGCAAAAGGAGGUAUGGAUUGGGUCGCAGGCUCUCUAAAAGCUCCGAAUGUGCGUUACUACCCCCAACUCGAUCUUGAAGAAGGCAGGUCUUUGGAGUUGGAUGAUGAGCCUUACGCGGUCAUCGGUCAUCAUUUGAGCUCGAGGAAGGCCUUCGUAAGGGUACAUGGGCGGCUGAAGCAAGCGCCGAAUUCCAUUCCGGAAGUCGCGUCAGAACCUGGGGCGGAUGAUGAUGAGGACUUGAACGCCAGGCAGGAGAGCAUCUUGGAUUGCUCCUCGACUAUCUCCACGCCAACGAUACCAGCUGAACGCAGCCUGCACCAGCGAAAUCUUUGCAACUUCGGAUGCUGUGGCUCUUGUUCAAGCCCGGCACCACUGUUUACAUGGAAUUUCGAGGUAACCUUGCGGCUCAUGUGGUCCAAUCGGUGGUGUCUGAUACGCUAUUCUUUCCGACCCGAAACAACGACUCACGCCAUACACAAAAUCAGGUUGUGGUCGCUAACAUAUGACGGGCGGUUUGUUGGCCGAAGCUCAACGGGGUGGUUCUUCCUCCAUUUGGCGGGGAGCGCGCAAUCACAUCAUGAAGGUCUUUCCGUGCGAAUAUUUCGAUAA